UGGCGUCCAUGUUUUAUCCGAGUGGAUCGCGUGAAGACAGGUAACUGUCGUCUGUUUUUUUUUAAUUCAAUAAAAUGCCUCCGAAAAAGUCUAAAAGUGAACCUUCUAAGAAGACCGAGCAAAAGAAGAAAGAAAAAGUUAUCGAGGAUAAAACAUUUGGAUUAAAAAACAAGAAAGGUGCAAAACAACAAAAAUAUAUUCAACAAGUACAACAUCAAGUAAAAUUUGGUAAUCAAAGUGUAAAAAAGGUAGAACAACAAAAAACUGAUAAAAACAAAGAUGAGAAAAAGAAAGAAAUUGAACAGUUAAAUCAAUUGUUUCGUCCAGUUACAGUACAGAAAAUUGAGAAAGGUGCCGAUCCAAAGUCUGUGCUCUGUGCCUUUUACAAACAAGGUCAUUGUACAAAAGGAGACAAAUGCAAAUUUUCUCAUGAUCUGAGUACUGAGAGAAAAAGCGAGAAGAGAAAUGUGUAUGUUGAUUUAAGAGAGGCUGAUGAUAACAUGGAAAAUUGGGAUGAAGAAAAAUUGAAAGAAGUUGUAGAAAAGAAGCACGGAGAAGCUGAGAGGAAAAUGCCAAAAACUGACAUUAUCUGCAAAUACUUUUUGGAUGCACUCGAAAAUAGUAAAUAUGGAUGGUUUUGGGAGUGCCCCAAUGGGGGCAUCAAGUGUCAUUAUCGUCACGCACUUCCUCCAGGAUUUGUCCUGAAGAAAGAUAAGAAGAAGGAAGAGAAGAAAGAGGACAUUUCUAUUGAAGAUCUUGUUGAAACAGAAAGAGCAAAACUUCCGGUAAAUUUGACAAAAAUAACAUUACAAACAUUUUUGGCAUGGAAAAACCAAAAAUUAAAAGAAAAAGAAGAAAUAACACAAAGAGAAGAAGAAAGGAAAAAGGCAGAGUUUAAAGCCGGAAGACAUAUUGGACUCAGUGGACGAGAUAUGUUUACCUUUAGGCCCGAAUUGGCUGAUGAAGAUGAGAUGGAAGAAGGAGAAACAACUUGUGAUUUCCGUAGGGAGUAUGAUGACGACGAGAAUGAAGAAGGAGAGAAUGCUGUCAACUAUGUUGACUUGACAAUCGAAUCAUUAAGUUCUAAUGCUAGAGAAGUUGAUGGUACCGGUACGGUCGCUCUGAUGAGACACUGGGAAGAGAAACAAGCGACAAACUCGGACAGGAACGAAGAAUCGGAAGCUGCGGGUGGCGACUGUGCGGUGCCCAUCGACGAACAUCUUUUUGAAGACGACGACCUGCAAGAAUUAGAGGAAGAUCUACAAGAAUUGAAGUGCUAGAAAAAUCUUUUAUAAAUAAGUCAUGUUUUAAUGGCUGGUUAUUAGAUGUGAAUUUGUAGAGCACUCCAUUCUUGGACAGUUGAAUAAUUAAACAAAUUUGACAAUAAAUAAAGGAGAUGCCACUGUCACAUUUGGCAGUUUACUUUGAAGCGAUUGGUUGGCAGUUCUAAAAACAUAUCUUAAUUAAGCUGUUAUUUCCAUCUACAGUGAAUGGAAGAUAUUCUUUAUAAAUAUGUUCAAUAAAUGGAAUUGUAAAUUGCAUCCUAAAUCCAAAACACAAAGAUCUUGUAUUUUUAUUUCAUUAAAAAAAUGAUUAUUUAUAAUUAUUUAUUCAAAACAAUGAAUCAAACUUUCAUUUAUAAAUUAUAUUUUAAAUGCUGUUGGCAUUUUAUG